AAAAACAUUAGAAUUUAGUGUUAUGUACGUCAGUUUGAGAAAAUCUCACCAACACCCACAAAACAAAAAUGAAUCUAUGGAAAAUAUUUUUCAACUCAAAGAGCUCCGAUAUUUCUACCAAUUGUGAGCCCACUCAUGAAGUGAACUUAGCUGUGAAAUGGGUCGAUAGUUGUGAAGCUUGUUUGGAAGAUGGUAGUAAUGAUCAUGAGGUGCAGUUCCAAAAUGAAACAGAUCCGCAUGCAAGUGAUGCCAAAAGUUCUUUUCUUCAUUCCGUCGCUAAUAUGAUCGGAAUGCUCAUAGGUCUUGGCCAAUUAUCGACAUCAUAUGGACUAGAAAAUGGAGGGUGGAUUUCAUCAUUUCUACUUGUAGCCCUUGGAAUUGCAUGCGCAUACUCCUCCCACCUACUCGGAAAGUGCCUCGAAAACAACAGGAAAGCAAGAAACUACACCGAUAUAGGCCACCAUGCGUUCGGGAGCCAUGGAAGAGCAAUUACAGCUGCGUUCAUCUACUUGGAGAUCUUCAUGGCACUUGUUUCCUACACGAUAUCAUUGCAUGAUAACUUGAAAAUGGUCUUCCUUGGAACAAAUAUCCGGUUCUCAUGGGCUCAACACGUGUCGACAUCUCAGGUUCUUACUGUAUUUGCGGUGUUGGUGGCACUUCCUAGCCUCUGGCUGAGAGAUCUUGCAUCCAUUUCGUUCCUCUCUAUUAGUGGCAUCAUCAUGUCGCUAAUGAUCUUUGUGACAGUAGCAUGCACCGCAGUGUUUGGAGGUGUCACCGCCAAUCACACGAUCCCUGCUCUCCGGCUAAAGAACAUACCUCACAUCUCCGGCCUUUACAUGUUCAGUUUGGCUGGCCAUAUUGUCUUCCCUGAUAUACACAGGGCCAUGAAAGACCCCUCCAAGUUCACCAAGGUAUCGAUUGUAAGCUUCACGUUUGUGACCUUGCUAUAUGCAUCUUUAGCGUUCAUGGGUGCCAAACUAUUUGGACCAGAAGUAAAUCCCCAAAUUACCCUCAGCAUGCCUCGAGGCCUUGUGUUCACUAAGAUCGCACUAUGGGCUACGGUUUUGACACCAAUGACAAAAUACGCACUCGAAUUUACACCCAUUGCAAUAGAAAUUGAACACCGCUUCCUAUACUCUAUGACGUCUCGAACCAAGAUGAUUGUAAGGGGGACAAUUGGCUCAAUUUUGUUACUAAUCAUACUUGUCUUAGCCCUAUCAGUGCCAUACUUCCAGUAUGUCCUAGGCCUUACAGGUUCCAUGGUUAGCACUGCAAUUGCACUCGUUUUCCCAUCGGUAUUCUAUAUCAAGAUCUUUUGGAACAAGAUAUCGAAGCCCAUUUUGGCUCUUAAUGUGUUCCUAAUCGCAAUCGGUUGCCUUCUUGCAGUCUUUGGCUCCAUCUCGUCUAUGAAAUUGCUUGUGGAAUGUUUUUUCCGGGUCCACUCGGCUUCUUAAAGGAAUUUAUUAAUAGUAUGCUUUUGUGAUCAUUAUUUGACAUUUUAGAUACGUGAACUUAAUUUUUUUCUUCAAAAGAUAAGACCCUGAUCAACAUGUAUAGAGGUGGAUUGUACCAUGAAUCCAUGAUCAGUGUAUGGGAGCAGUAAGUGUUAGAGUAUAUACGUGUAUUAAUUGUAUAACUCAUUUUGUAUAUGGCCUAUAUUAUCCCUACAUGUACAUCUUGUUAGUACCAUGUAAUUUCCCUAUAUAUUUGUAUUAAGCGAAUGC